AUGGAGCCCUUGCGGGUCCUGGAGCUCUACAGCGGAAUUGGGGGCAUGCACCAGGCUCUCAGAGAAAGCUGUGUACCUGCACGAGUGGUGGCCGCUGUUGAUGUAAACACUGUUGCUAACGAAGUGUACAAGUAUAAUUUUCCUCACACACAGUUACUGGCCAGGACAAUUGAAGGCAUUACACUAGAAGAGUUUGACAGAUUAUCUUUCAAUAUGAUUUUAAUGAGCCCACCCUGUCAGCCCUUCACAAGAAUUGGCCUGCAAGGUGAUGUGACUGAUCCAAGGACAAAUAGCUUCUUAUAUAUUCUAGACAUUCUCCCAAGAUUACAAAAAUUACCGAAGUAUAUUCUUUUAGAAAAUGUUAAAGGUUUUGAAGUGUCUUCUACAAGAGAUCUGUUAAUACAAACAAUAGAAAAUUGUGGCUUUCAGUACCAAGAAUUUCUAUUGUCUCCAACCUCUCUUGGCAUUCCAAAUUCAAGAUUACGGUACUUCCUUAUUGCAAAGCUUCAGCCAGAGCCUUUCCCUUUUCAGGCCCCUGGUCAGGUACUGAUGGAGUUCCCCAAAACGGAAUCUGAACAUCCCCCUAAAUAUGCAGUAAAUGCAGAAAAGAAAACUGAAGAAAAGAAAAUUGAACCAAAUAUUAGCUUUGACAGCAGCACACAGUGUUCUGGAAAAGAGGCCAUUCUUUUUAAGCUUGAAACUGCAGGAGAAAUUGACAGGAAACAGCAACAGGACAGCGAUCUCUCUGUGCGAAUGCUGAAAGAUUUUCUUGAAGAUGACAUUGACAAGCAUUCAUUCUUUUUACCACCAAAGUCACUACUGCGAUAUGCUCUUUUGUUAGACAUUGUUAAACCCACUUCCAGAAGAUCCACGUGCUUUACAAAAGGUUAUGGACGCUACAUAGAAGGGACAGGAUCUGUGUUGCAGACAACAGAGGAUGUGCAGAUUGAGAAUAUCUACAAAUCGCUUACCGGUUUGUCACAAGAAGAAAAAAUAAUGAGAUUGUCAAUGCUUCAACUUCGAUUUUUCACUCCUAAAGAAAUAGCAAAUCUCCUUGGAUUUCCUCCAGAGUUUGGAUUUCCUGAGAUGACAACUGUCAAACAGCGUUAUCGUCUACUUGGAAAUAGUCUCAAUGUGCAUGUUGUAGCUAAACUAAUCAAAAUCCUAUGUGACUAA